CUCACUAACUCUCUCUCUCUCUCUCUCUAUAUAUCUUUCUUUCUCUCUCCUCCAUUAGCACACACUCUCACAGCUCUCAAACUCAAAACCCUCUCUUUCUCUCUCCCUAGGGCUAGUAGUUACUAGCUUUAGCUUUGUUGAAACCCUACUCGCUCAAUUCAAAGCUGUGGUUUUCUGAAUUUUUGUAGUGUUUUGGGGGGAAAGGGUUCGGAGCCCUAGGUCCAGUGACUGAGUGAGUGAGUGACAAGAAGUAGAGGAGUUUUAGAUCUGCGAUUCCUCAAAGCUAUGGCUUUGUUGUUGCUCCACUAGCUUUUUUUUUUUUUUGGUUAAUUGAUAUCGCCAUGUCAAACUCCGACCCCAAACAACGCCCGCGUCCUGGUCCGUGGCCACCGGUGCCGGAGUCUUCCGCAAUGCCGCCUUCUUCUUGGGCUAAGCGGACUGGCUUCAGGCCCAAGUUCUCCGGCGAGACCAAUGCCAGUGAUUCCGGUCAGAUAUCUUUGCCGCCUAGGCCAAGGGAGCCGGAAGCCCAGCCCGAUCUCGAGGCUGGCCGGGCACGUCCAACUGCCAAUGGUCGGGCUGAGGCCGAAAGGGCUCAACCAACAACGCCAGCCGCACCGCCGGCGGUGGUGGUGGAGAAGGAAAAGACGGUGAAGAAGAGGAGGGAAGCUGAUGGCGUCCCUAAACAUUCAACCAACGGAAAUGGUGGUGCGGUGCCGGCUUCGGACCCACCUCCGUCACAGCCACGGAGGUCAGCCCGGAACGAAGAAGCUAUCGAUGUUUUGCCGCAGAGUGUUGAUGAUGAUGGAGCCAUGGCUAGGCACUCGCAUUUGAAGUAUGACCUCAGAGAUACACCUGGGCUUGUUCCAAUUGGUCUGUAUGGGCUCCAGCACUACUUGUCAAUCUUGGGUUCGUUAAUUCUCACUCCGCUUGUUAUAGUUCCGGCAAUGGGUGGCAGUUCUGAGGAUACUGCAAAUGUGGUAUCAACAGUGCUCUUUGUUUCGGGAGUGACAACGUUGUUGCAUACGUCUUUUGGUUCGAGGUUACCAUUGAUACAGGGUCCAUCAUUUGUUUACCUGGCUCCUGCCUUAGCUAUAAUCAACUCCCCGGAAUUUAUAGGACUUAAAGGAAAUAGUUUCAAGCAUAUCAUGAAGGAGUUACAGGGGGCUAUUAUUAUAUCUUCAACGUUCCAAGCAAUACUUGGAUAUAGUGGAUUGAUGUCAUUAUUUUUGAGGUUGAUCAAUCCAGUUGUUGUGUCACCUACAAUUGCUGCAGUUGGACUUUCUUUUUAUAGUUAUGGUUUUCCUCUUGUUGGUAAUUGUCUUGAAAUUGGGGCGGUGCAGAUAUUAUUGGUCAUUUUAUUUUCUCUCUACCUUCGCAAAGUAUCCAUUCUUGGCCAUCGCAUAUUUCUAAUAUACGCGGUUCCAUUGGGUCUGGCAAUUACAUGGGCAGCUGCUUUCUUACUGACUGAAGCUGGAGUCUAUAGCUAUAAAGGAUGUGACGUAAAUGUACCUGUCUCGAAUAUAAUAUCAGAACAUUGCAGAAAGCAUGUCUCAAGAAUGAAAUACUGUCGAGUUGAUACUUCUCAAGCAAUACAUUCUUCUCCGUGGUUUAGGUUCCCUUAUCCGUUACAAUGGGGUACUCCUGUCUUCACCUGGAAAAUGGCUUUUGUAAUGUGUGUGGUCUCUAUAAUUGCAUCAGUCGAUUCGGUUGGCUCAUACCACGCCUCUUCACUGUUGGUGGCAUCUAGACCUCCUACCCCUGGAGUUCUUAGUCGAGGAAUUGGUUUGGAAGGUCUUUCUAGUGUCUUGGCUGGUCUAUGGGGUACAGGAACUGGAUCCGCUACUUUGACAGAAAAUGUUCACACUAUUGCUGUGACUAAAAUGGGAAGUCGAAGGGCAGUUGAAUUAGGUGCAUGCAUUUUGAUCGUCUUAUCCCUUGUUGGUAAAGUUGGAGGCUUCAUUGCCUCAAUCCCUGAAGUCAUGGUUGCUGCUCUUCUAUGCUUCAUGUGGGCAAUGCUUGCUGCAUUAGGCUUGUCAAACCUACGAUAUAGUGAGGCCGGGAGCUCUCGAAAUAUUAUCAUAGUUGGGCUAUCUUUGUUCUUCUCACUUUCAAUACCGGCGUACUUUCAGCAAUAUGGCAUCUCUCCGAACUCCAACUUAUCUGUUCCGAGUUAUUUUCAACCUUACAUUGUUACCUCUCAUGGUCCCUUCCGCACUAGCUUUGGAGGGGUGAACUACGUCAUGAACACACUGCUAUCAUUACACAUGGUGAUUGCAUUUCUUGUGGCUGUUAUUCUAGACAACACAGUUCCAGGCAGUCGGCAAGAACGUGGGGUGUAUGUGUGGUCGGAAUCAGAGGUGGCACGAAGAGAACCUGCUGUUACCAAGGACUAUCAGUUACCCUUCAGAAUUGGUCGGGUUUUCAGAUGGGUAAAAUGGGUUGGCCUAUGAGAGGAUUUUUCUUGCUAUUUAUCACAUUGUCAAGCUUCUUGACUGCGAUUCCACUAGAAGGUUAGUACUGUAUGAUGAUUGGUGAUUAUGAAUGCAAUUCUUGGAUUCGAAUGCUAAAUUAUCGGCCCCCGGGAAACGAUUUUCUCCUACGCGAAGGUACGCCUUAGGACUGUAGGUCUUACAGAGAUGUUUUGUGUACAUUUGAGGAAAGAACUGGCUGUGUUGUAAUUUUUAGAUUAUGAACAUUGUAUGUAGGAUUUAGAUAUAUUCUAAAAUGUCCGGUUGGACUUUUUUUAUUUUAUUUUAUUUAUUUUUAAAUGCGGUUGGGGGAGAGUUUUGAUUGAUGUGAUGUUGAUGUAUAUGUAAAAUAUUUUUGUUGGAACGGUUCCUUUGAGGAUUGAUUCUCAAUGGAAACAAGGGGAAAUAUUCAUUGUGAGAGUGAGGACUGUCUUCUUGGAA